GGGAAGCCAUUUCUUCUACAUAGUUCUUGGCCAUGCAUGGCCAAGAUUCCCUCUUCUUUCCAGAUUCCAAUAGUACGUAGACCAAAGCCACUAGGACAAUGCCACGUGUCACCUCACCUCCCCCAAUGCUCUCUUUAUAAACCAAUUUGCAGCAGACCCAAACACGCCUCACUGCUCCCACUAUUAGCAGAGUGAAGAAACCAAACCCCUCACAUCUGUUCUUCUUCUUCUUCCAAACAAAUCUUCCAUUUUUUCCUUUCUGAAAAUGUUCAUCGAGAGCUUUAAGGUUGAGAGCCCCAACGUUAAAUACACAGACGGAGAGAUACACUCCGUUUACAGCUAUGAAACCACAGAGCUUGUCCAUGAGACCAGAAAUGGAGCCGUCCAUCAAUGGGUUGUCAAACCCAAGACUGUCAAAUAUGAGUUCAAGACAGAUACCCAUGUCCCCAAACUCGGGGUUAUGCUUGUUGGUUGGGGAGGGAACAAUGGGUCCACACUGACUGGUGGUGUCAUUGCAAACCGAGAGGGGCUUUCAUGGGCUACCAAGGAAAAGGUGCAGCAAGCCAAUUACUUUGGUUCACUCACCCAAGCUUCCUCAAUCAGGGUGGGAUCCUUCAAUGGGGAGGAGAUCUAUGCACCUUUCAAGAGCCUUCUUCCCAUGGUGAACCCAAAUGAGAUAGUGUUUGGGGGAUGGGACAUAAGCAACAUGAACCUUGCAGAUGCCAUGGCAAGGGCCAAAGUCUUUGAGAUUGACCUACAGAAGCAGCUGAGACCCUACAUGGAGUCCAUGGUCCCUCUCCCAGGCAUCUUUGACCCUGAUUUCAUUGCUGCCAACCAAGGCUCACGUGCUAACCAUGUGAUCAAAGGAACCAAGAAACAGCAAGUUGAUCAAAUCAUCAAAGACAUCAAGGAAUUUAAGGAGAAGAAUAAGGUGGACAAGGUUGUGGUGCUAUGGACAGCCAACACAGAGAGAUAUAGCAAUGUGAUUGAUGGGCUGAAUGACACAAUGGAAAACCUCUUGGCUGCCUUGGACAGAAAUGAAGAUGAGAUUUCCCCUUCUACCCUCUAUGCCAUAGCCUGUGUCAUGGAGAAUGUGCCCUUCAUCAAUGGAAGCCCACAAAACACUUUUGUCCCAGGGCUUAUUGAUUUGGCAAUCAGGAAGAACAGUUUAAUUGGAGGAGAUGACUUCAAAAGUGGACAGACCAAGAUGAAAUCUGUUCUGGUUGAUUUCCUAGUUGGUGCUGGAAUCAAGCCAACAUCAAUUGUGAGCUACAACCAUCUUGGUAACAAUGAUGGCAUGAAUCUAUCAGCUCCCCAGACAUUCCGUUCCAAGGAGAUCUCAAAGAGCAACGUUGUGGACGACAUGGUCGCCAGCAAUGGCAUUCUCUAUGAACCCGGGGAACAUCCCGACCACGUCGUUGUGAUCAAGUACGUGCCAUACGUGGGAGACAGCAAGAGGGCAAUGGAUGAGUACACAUCAGAAAUAUUCAUGGGGGGAAAGAACACCAUUGUUCUCCACAACACUUGUGAGGAUUCACUUCUUGCAGCUCCCAUUAUCUUGGACUUGGUUCUCCUAGCUGAACUUAGCUCCCGGAUCCAGCUUAAAUCCCAGGAAGAGGACAAGUUCCAUUCCUUCCAUCCAGUGGCUACAAUUCUCAGUUACCUCACUAAGGCUCCUUUGGUGCCGCCUGGAACGCCGGUGGUGAAUGCGCUUUCGAAGCAGAGGGCAAUGCUGGAGAACAUUUUUCGCGCUUGUGUUGGUCUGGCGCCAGAGAACAACAUGAUAUUGGAAUAUAAAUGAGAGCUGAGAUGCUCUCAUUUAUACCCAAUAUCAAGUGUAGAUGGAGAAGAAUGUAAUGAAAUUCUUGCAAUAAUGAAACCAUCAUCUUAGAUUCCUUGCCUUUGUCUUUCUUUUUCUUUUUCUUGUAGUGUAAUUUAUGGUGUGUGUAAUAUAUAUAUUUUGAGAGCCAAAGCUAUGAUUUCUGGCUUUUAAUUUGUUGUAUAAUAUUUUUAUUAUAUGAGUAUUACGUAUCCAGGCUCUCUAGCUUGAUUUUAUUAACAUAUUGGAUUGGAUGAAAUAGACUCCUUCCUCCGUC